ACCUGAACCCAGGUUGGGGGCGGGGCUGGCUCCUGCUCUGGACGGGCCUGGCCUGCGCCUCCACCCCGUUCCCCUGCACCCCGGCCGCCUUCGGGAAGAGGAAGGUCGGGGUUCCCGAGCCGCUGGAGCAGGGACCGCGAUGGAGGCCACAGCCCGGGGUCGCGCCCCGCCCUGAGCGCCCUCGCCGGCAGCUAUGCUGCCCCGAGGGCGCCCCAGGGCGCUGGGGGCCGCGGCGCUGCUGCUCCUGCUGCUUCUGAUCGGAUUCCUCCUGUUCGGCGGGGACUUGGAGUGUGAGCGCGGCGAGCGCGGAGGCGAGCGGAGGGGCCCGGGAUCCUUCCCCUGCCCGCUGACGCCACGUGUCUCUGCAGACGGGCGGCCGCCGGGCGCUGGUACCCUAGACGGAGACCGGUCUGCGGACCGCGGGGGCCACAACCACUCGGACUGCGUCCCGCCGCCGCCGCCGCUGCCGAGGUGUGAGCUAUUGCACGUGGCCAUCGUGUGUGCGGGACACAACUCCAGCCGAGACCUCGUCACCCUGGUGAAGUCUGUGCUCUUCUACAGGAAAAAUCCACUGCACUUCCAUCUGGUGACUGAUGCCGUGGCCAGGAACAUUCUGGAGAUGCUCUUCUAUACGUGGAUGGUGCCCGCUGUCCGGGUCAGCUUCUAUGACGCAGAGGAGCUCAAGCCCCACGUCUCCUGGAUCCCCAACAAGCACUACUCUGGCCUGUACGGCCUCAUGAAGCUAGUGCUGCCUGCUGCCCUGCCCCCUGACCUGGCCCGUGUCAUUGUCCUGGACACAGAUGUCACCUUCGCCUCUGAUAUCGCAGAGCUCUGGGCACUCUUUGCUCACUUUUCUGACGAGCAGGUGAUCGGUCUUGUGGAGAAUCAGAGCGACUGGUACCUGGGCAACCUCUGGAGGAACCACAGGCCUUGGCCUGCCUUGGGCCGGGGAUUUAACACAGGUGUGAUCCUCCUGCGGCUGGACCGGCUCCGGCAGGCUGGCUGGGGGCAGAUGUGGAAGCUGACGGCCACACGGGAGCUCCUCACCCUGCCAGCCACCUCCCUGGCGGACCAGGACAUCUUCAAUGCUGUAAUCAAGGAACACCCGGGGUUGGUGCAGCCCCUGCCCUGCAUCUGGAACGUUCAGCUGUCAGACCACACGCUGGCUGAGCGCUGCUACUCGGAGGCGUCUGAUCUCAAGGUAAUCCACUGGAACUCACCCAAGAAGCUUCGCGUGAAGAACAAGCACGUGGGAUACUUCCGCAACCUCCACCUGACCUUCCUGGGGUAUGACGGCAGCCUCCUGCGGAGAGAGCUCUUCGGCUGCCCCAGCCCACCCCCGUCCGGGGCCGAGCAGGUGCAGCGGGCCCUGGCGCACCUGGACGAGGAAGAUGCCUGCUUCGAGUUCCGGCAGCAGCAGCUCACUGUGCACCGCGUGCAUCUGACCUUCCUGCCCCAUGAGCCACUGCCCCCCCGGCCUCACGACGUCACACUAGUGGCCCAGCUCUCUAUGGACCGGCUGCAGAUGCUGGAAGCCCUGUGCAGACACUGGCCGGGCCCCAUGAGCCUGGCCUUAUACCUCACAGACGCAGAGGCCCAGCAGUUCCUACGUUUCGUCGAGGCCUCAGCAGUGCUCUCUGCCCGGCAGAACGUGGCCUACCACGUGGUAUACCGCGAGGGUCCCCUCUACCCUGUCAACCAGCUGCGGAACGUGGCAUUGGCCCAGUCCCUCACGCCUUAUGUCUUCCUCAGCGACAUUGACUUCCUGCCUGCCUAUUCCCUCUACGACUACCUCAGGGCCUCCAUCGAGCAGCUGAAGCUGGGCAGCGAGCGGAAAGCGGCCCUGGUGGUGCCAGCGUUCGAGACCCUGCACUACCGCUUCCGCUUUCCCAGUUCCAAGGCCGAGCUGCUGGCCUUGCUGGACUCCGGCUCUCUCUACACCUUCAGGUACCACGAGUGGCCCCGGGGUCACGCGCCCACAGACUAUGCCCGCUGGCGGGAGGCUCAGACCCCAUACCGGGUACAGUGGGCCGCUGACUACGAGCCCUAUGUGGUGGUGCCUCGUGAUUGUCCCCGCUAUGACCCCCGAUUUGUAGGCUUUGGCUGGAACAAGGUGGCCCACAUCGUGGAGCUGGAUGCACAGGAAUACGAGCUCCUGGUGCUGCCCGAGGCCUUCGCCAUCCACCUGCCGCAUGCCCCGAGCCUUGACAUCUCUCGCUUCCGCUCCAGCCCCACCUAUCGUGACUGCCUCCAGGUCCUCAAGGAUGAGUUCCACCAGGACUUGUCCCGUCACUACGGGGCUGCUGCCCUCAAAUACCUCACUGCCCUGCAGCCGCCCCGAGGCCCCACCUGACCUCCCGGAGGCUGGGCCUUGCAUGGCUCACCCCUGCGCUUCCCCUUGGCUCUCACGGGCUCCCUGUAGACACUGGAGCGACCUGGCCACCCUCCCUACCCUCCCGCUACUUAAAUUAUUGAAGGUCUAGGUGGAAAGGGCUUCCGUUGGAGCACCUGUGGGGCGGGUCCUGGGGGCCUCCCCUUGCUGCUACAGCUGGGGUCUACUCUCCUGCUGCCCCAGCUGUUUGGGGCUGGUUCCCCACCUUCAUCUGUACAUCCCUUUUUUGUAGUUAAAGUUCUCUUUUUCAUGUUCCAUCUGGUUUGGGGCAUGAGGGUGUGGGUCAGCCGGGAAGGGGCUGAGUCUCCCCGGAGUUGCAGGAAGGCCGGGACCCGAGUGUGUCUUGCCCACCCUCCCCUGCCCCAAACCCAACACCAUGAGGCUGAGAGACUUUAUUUGGCUUUAUUUAGUAAAAUGUUAAAAUAAAUAAAUACAAAUUGA